UCUCUUCUUAGCUAAAACCCUAACACAACCAAGCACUACAUCAAAAGACUAAUUUUUCAAAGAAAAUGUCAGGAGUUUGGUUUUUCAAAAACAAUGGUGUAAUUCGCCUGGUGGAGAACCCUGCAGCGGAAUCUAAUGGAGGGAAUGGAAGUGGUUCAAGGAGAAAGGUAUUGGUGCACUUGCCAUCAGGCCAAGUGGUAUCCUCAUACUCUUCCCUUGAACAGAUCUUGAACGAGUUAGGAUGGGAGAGGUACUAUGGAGGUGACCCUGACCUCUUCCAAUUCCACAAGCAAUCUUCCAUUGAUCUGAUCUCUCUUCCUAGGGACUUCUCCAAGUUCAACUCUGUCUACAUGUACGAUAUUGUCAUUAAGAACCCUAACAUUUUCCAUGUUAGAGAUAUGUAAGCUCUCUAUUAUGUUUCUCUAGCUAGACCUUUCCUCAUGCUGUCGUACUUAUCAUAGAGUGAGUGUGCUUUGCCAGUUUAUUUUCCCGAGCUAGGACAUUGUUUGUUUUCGAAAUUCGGUGUGCUUUUUUUUUUUUUUUAAAUUUCCCAGUGUGUAGGAUAAUAAUUGGAACAAGGUUCAGGUCGUUCCUUCGUUUGGUAUGUACUAAAACAAGCUUGAAACCUCAUGUUAAGGUUUUCUAUUGUAGAUUUGUAAUGUUGUGUUCUCUAAUAACCA